AUGUCAUCUCCGAAACCCUCAGGUCCCGAACUUCACAAGACCGUCAACCUGUUGAUUGACAACUUGGUCAACAUCAAAGAUGAAACGGGAAAAUUCUUACUUCCUCUCCCCGAUGGGCGCAUUAUCGACACCAAAUCGUGGCACGGGUGGGAGUGGACACACGGCAUCGGAUUGUACGGCCUGUGGAAAUACUACGAGUUGACGGGCGAAGAGAGAUUGCUGCAAAUCAUUGAAGACUGGUAUGCGGCACGUAUCGCAGAAGGAGGCACUACAAAGAAUAUCAACACCAUGGCGGUAUUUUUAACCCUCGCAUACGUCUACGAAAAGACCGGCAAUGUCACCUACCUGCCAUGGCUCGACGCCUGGGCCGAGUGGGCGAUGUAUGAGUUGCCACGCACGCGCUACGGUGGUAUGCAGCACAUGACCUAUAUCACUGAAAAUUACCAGCAGCUCUGGGAUGAUACCCUUAUGAUGACUGUCAUGCCGCUGGCAAAGAUCGGCAAGCUUCUAAACCGCCCGGAGUACAUCGCCGAGGCCAAGAAGCAGUUCUUGACUCACAUCAAAUAUCUAUUCGACACAAAGACAGGUCUCUGGUUCCACGGCUGGACCUUCGAAGACGGUGGUCACAACUUUGCCGACGCACGCUGGGCGCGUGGUAACAGUUGGGUCACGAUUGUCAUUCCUGAGUUCAUCGAACUUCUUGACCUCCAACCAAGUGAUCCGCUGCGCCUCCAUCUGAUCGAUACUCUCGAGGCACAGUGUGAAGCUCUUCAGCGUCUGCAGUCCUCCUCCGGAUCCUGGCACACUCUUCUCGAUCAUCCCGAUUCCUACUUGGAAGCUUCGGCGACCGCAGGAUUUGCAUACGGUAUCCUCAAAGCCGUCCGCAAGAGAUAUCUCGAUCCCCAAUAUCGCGCUGUCGCUGAAAAGGCUAUAGCCGCGGUGAUGGGACACGUGGAUGAGAGUGGUGAAUUGCAGAACACCAGCUUUGGGACCGGAAUGGGCGACUCUUUUGAAUUCUAUAAGCAGAUUCCGUUGACCUCCAUGCCUUAUGGUCAAGCCAUGGCAAUCAUGGCCUUAGGGGAGGCUCUGAGAGGCUUACUGUGA